AAAUUGUCAACAAACAACAAAUAUGGCUGCAGAGUUGGCGUCUUUCAUAAAAUUAGACGUCCUAUGAGUAUUUUAUUUUUCACUAUCAGACAAUGCGUAGUAAUUUAUGAUUAUUAACUUAAAAUGGAAUAUAUAUCAGUAAACUUUGUCUAUUUGUGGAUUGCUCCAAACAUUUUGUGUCCAGUUUCAAAUAAUGGAACAAAUUCCUAGAAGUUCUAAUAUUUUAUAACUCUAUCGUCCGGAUCGCCGCGAAUCUAUGAAACUCAAUUUGAGACUAUUCUAGGAAAUAAUAUUAUAAGAUGGAUUUCUUAGAAGUAUGUCGUAUUUGUUCAGCUAUGGACGUGAAAAUGCACGAUCUACGACUGUUUCCUCUAAAUAUUUUCUAUGACUUCGUAAUCGGAACCAACCCUCUUGCCUGCAACUUGCCACCCUUUGCUUGUUAUGAGUGUGCAGCUCUUGUGAAGAAAUUUUACAAUUUUAGGCAGAAAUGUUUGAGGAAUCAAGAUGUACUGAAUGGGAUUACAAAUAUUUAUGGGAAGUUAAACCCGGAUGAAGUAAGAGCAAUAAACAGAAAGGAAUGUAACAUCUCUUCGAAUCUUUCCAUCACUCGCUUAGAGAGUGUAGAUACAACUUGUAACAUAACCAGUAAUGAGUUUGUAAAAUUGGAACCAGAAGAUUGUGAGGAAGAUAAAGUUAAAGUAGAGGACCAUAACUAUGCAAGCAUAGACCAUGUAGAGCAUAAUGUCUCGAGCGAUGAUGAUGAACCUCUUUCAAUACAUAAAGAGAAGAAGCUUAAAAAUAAAGAGUCGGAUGAGGAAUUGUUUGAAGAGAACUUUGAUUGUGAUGAAUUUGGAGUAGCCAUUGAAGAAGAGAAUGAAGAAGAUGCUGUAGAAGAAAAAAAAGUUAAAAAGCUAAAAAAGAAACAUCGCAAAAAUGGUAGAAGUGGCGCUUUCAAGCAUGUGAAAAUGUUGUCAAACCCCAGUUUGUCUGCAGAUAACAUGGACGAUUUUGAUCAGUACAUUACUGUUAUAACACUGACGGUGGAAGAGCAAAAAGCAGAGGUAAUGAAAAGAAAGGAAUCAUCAAACUACUUAAAUUCUCCUUUCCAGUGCAAUCUGUGUUACAAAGGUUUUAUUGACAAUAAUGCAUGGAAUCAUCAUGUUAGCAAACAUUCAGAGGCUGCAGGCAGCUUAGAGUGCGAUGUUUGCAAAUUUCGGUUCAAAACAAAGCGCGCUUAUCAAAAACAUGCAUCUGGUCAUGAAAAGCGAUAUGCGUGUAAAUCCUGUCCUUAUGUUUCUACCAAUACGACACAAGCAAAACAGCAUCAGGGAUGGCAUAAAGGAGUAACAUUCAAGUGCAAAUAUUGCAACGAAAUCUUCAAUGUAUGGACAUCGUACAUGAGUCACACUCGCAUCAAACACCCGUCAGAGUUCAUCUGUGGCGUCUGCGGAUACUCGUUCAUCAGCAAACUGGGACUCGCCAUGCACAAGACUAUGAUGCAUAAAGAUCUUGAGGAGAAACCAGAAGAGAAUACAGAAGACGGUCCAUACUGCGCGGAGUGCGACGUGAAGUUCGUGUCGAGCGUAGCGUACAAGCGGCACAUGGUCAUGUCGGUCAAACACACGCAGAGCACGGACUCUAUUAAAGGUUGCCGUACAUGCGGCGCGACGUUCGAGAACGCGGAGAGUUUGCGGCACCAUCACCGCAAGGAACACACCAGGAAGCGACCCAAGAACUACGGGAAGAAACCCACCACUGGGAACUGGCCGGCUAAGUGUGAACAUUGUGAGGAAGAGAUCCCGAGCGCCCGCGAGUACUGGACCCACUUCCGUCGCGUUCACCCUGACAAACCAUACCCCGUGGAGAAGAACCACGUCUGUGAUAUUUGCGGGAAGAGUUUCCGGGGCAAUGCGUUCCUAGUAUACCACAAGCGCACGCACUCUGCGGAGCGCCUGUACAAGUGUACCCAGUGCGACAAGUCCUUCUACAACCGAAGUAACCUGCACGUGCACGAGAAGACUCACUCGGCGGCGCGGCCCUACCCCUGCACCAUGUGUACACGGGCCUUCAAGUCUAAGGGGGCACUUAGCAGGCAUUUUAGGACGCACACAGGUCAGAAGCCCUAUGAAUGUGAAGUAUGUGGUAAAGGGUUCUCGCAGUCCAACAGUAGGAAGCUACACGUGAGGACGGUACAUCUCAAGCAACCAGCUCCGUACAUCAGUCGGAGUCGACUGGAGAGACGCAAGCAGGAACACAAGGAACCCACCAAUGAGUUUAUAUUCUAAAUAAAAGUAGAAUGAGAGAUUUGUUAAGAAUGAGAUUUAACUAGGAUUUGUGAAAACAUGAGAAGAAAUCAGUUGCUACAAGAUAUGUAACCUUAGUAUGAGUUUGCUUAUGUUUAAAGUAGUUAAAACGAGAGCACGAUUGGCGCUGAUUUCUGGAUUCUGGUUGGUUUAUUCGAGCCGGCCAAUCAGAGCGCCGAAUACGCUCUCAUUUCGAAUGGCCGAAAUUAUUAGGAACAAAUUUUUGUUUCUCUGUCAAAAUCCUAGGUCGAUCCAGAGACUUUAAAUUUAAAUCGACUGUUGGUUUCGACUGUACAAGAAUUGAAUUAUUUUUUUAUUUAAAAGAAGCAUUGCCCUUUAUUUUUUGUGUGUGCCAUUGGAUUGCAAAAUAACAACCGUUGGAAGAAGGCGGCAGGCCGCUCAUAUUUUAUACACAGCACAUCCAUGUGAACUGAUCUGAUAAAGAAUGCAAAUGUAGUUGAUAAUUUGAUUAGACACGUAAUUAAAAAUAUGUAAAAUCUCACGAAUAACAACGAAUUAAACCUUGAUAUUCCUAAUUUUCUAUACAACGUAAAAUUCGUAUUCUUAAUGCUGUGAUUCUUGUCUACUAAUAUUUGGUAAACAGUCAAAAGUACCAUUUACAUUGGUUAAGUACAGUGUUGGAAGGUAUAGAAAAUAAACAGAAUAAUGUAGCAAUGUUAUUUUAAUCUUAUUUUACAUAAUGAUGUGUAAACUGUGCAUAAUAGAAACACUGAACUAGUACUCGAGAUUAAUGUUAUCAAAAACAAGACUAUUAUAGAAAUAGAAAUAUAUAUUUAUUAUGUAUAAUAUUUUAGUCCACAUGUAGCAACAUUAUAUAUACCUAGACCUAUAACGGUAAGACGGGGUGAAUAGUAUUCGAGGAAUGAAUAGAUGCAGAAUAAAUUAAGGGAAAGGUGAAUAAAUGUUGGGAAAAUGUUCGAACAUCUAUUCACCCUUUGAAUUCUAUUCACACCGUUUUACGGUAUUAAAAGUUAGUAAAAAGUAGUUUUAAUAUUUUUAUACAAUUUAAAUGGUAAAUUACUUUAAGAAUUAGAUAUGUAUAAGUUUGAUUAGAGCUCGCAUCGAGCCUAGAGGAGACUUGCAAUAAAAAGUGCUAUAGGUAAGGUACAGCCAGCUGGGCAACUGACAGUUUUUAUUGAAUUUUCGACUGUAUAUCAAACUUAUAAAGUUGAAAAUGUAAUGAAAAAGAAAGGAGUAGGUUGAUCUGCUGUCUGUAUUUAGGUACAAGUAAUGGCCAUAAUAUCAAUAAUAAAUAUGUAAUAGAGUACUUGCCUUAGUCUGAUAGCUAGAGAAUAUAGAUGAUUGAUUUUUUUAUAUAAAAAUAACUAGAAACAUAGCACCGCCUAUUAAGAGAUUUUUGCAUUUAUUUAUUCAACAUUUAAUUGUAGAAAUACUACUACAUAUUAUAUUUUUAUAAAACCGCGAGUAUCGCGUUCACAUUUUGUUGAGCUUUCGUUUACUGCAGCAAAAGAGCAAAAUUUUUAUUUCCUAAAAACUUCUACCUAUAUCAGAAAAAAUACAGACAAUUUUUUUUGCUAAGAACUUAGCAUUAGUUAUGCAGAUAAUUUGAAUUAAUUAUAUUUAUUUUCAAUGAAGUUACUUACAUGAAGUUUGAACUUUGUUUAUUGGUAAUGAAUGACAAUGUUUGUGCAGCUAUUGAUGCAUAAUAUUCGUUCAUAAAUACAUAUUUUAUUUGUCUCUUUAUAAACCUUGUAAAUAAAUAAACUGCAUAAUAUUUUUGUUGUAUUCCUGUGCUCAUAUAAGCCAUUUUAUGAUAAUUAAAGCUAACUUAACCAAGUAAGUUAAUUAUUUUUAUUUAUCCAAGCUGAAGAAAGUAUUACAUGUGAUCAUAAAUAUUACGAUAAUUUUAUUUAUGUUUAUGC